CUACCAAUCAAAGGCUAGCUACUCGAUUUGAAACGUUUGAUGUUAACUAGACUGUCUUUUUUAACGUUUUGAAGUCUAAUUAUUUGGGUGUUAACUAUUGACAUGUCAAUUGUACGCAUUGUUUUUGGAAUCACUUGGUCUGUAAGAUAAAUUACUUGCAUUUACCAGUUGGACUUGUAUGAUUCAGUCUUAAUUAUUUGUGGACGUUCAGGCCGAAAUAUGGUCCGUAACAGACGCUCGCUCGGCAAGGCCUUCACCCCGAACAAACUGGCGAAGAAGAAGGCGCAUGCUGCGGAGCCGGCCAAUGAGAAGCCCGCCUCGAUGAAGGUCGUGGUGCGGGUUCGGCCCCCCAACGAGCGGGAGCUGGAGGGAAACGUGAGGAAAGUCGUUGAAGUGGUCAGCGACGAAGGCUUGGUGUUCGACCCCCAAGAACCGGAAGACCUCUUCUUCUACCACGGCUCCACGCAGAGGAACCGGGAUGUCACCAGGAGGAAGAACAAAAAUUCGGAAUUUGUUUUUGACAGGGUUUUCGGUGAAAACGCAUCGAACAACGAUGUGUACGAAUAUAGCACGAGGGAGAUUCUGAAAGCCCUCUUUGAUGGCUAUAACUGUUCAGUUUUUGCGUACGGGGCGACCGGCUCUGGGAAGACCUUCACGAUGCUGGGGAACAAGGAGAACCCGGGCAUCGCGUACCAGACGAUGGUGGAGCUCUACCGCAGGGUCCACGACCUGUCCGAGGAGUUCGAGUUCGACAUCCGCGUCUCGUACCUGGAGGUGUACAACGAGAACGUGCGGGACCUCCUGCAGCCGGCCUCGAAGCACCUGCACCUGCGCGAGGACGCCAGCAACGGGGUCACGGUGCCCGGCCUCACCGUCAGCAGGAUCACCUGCGCCGACGAGCUGUUCGCGCGCCUGUCCCAGGGCAACGUCAACCGCUCCCAGCACCCCACCGACUCCAACGCCGAGUCGUCCCGCUCGCACGCCGUCUUCCAGACGUACAUACACUCGAGGGUGAAGACGACCAAGCAGCAGAAGCUGGUGAAGCUGUCCAUGAUAGACCUGGCGGGGUCGGAGAAGGCCAGUGCGACGGGGGGCAGGGGCGCCCGGUUCUGCGAGGGGCAGAACAUAAACCGCUCCCUGCUGGCCCUGGGCAACUGCAUCAACAGUUUGGCCGCUGGUUCCAAGUUUGUCCCGUACAGGGACUCGAAACUGACUCGCCUUCUGAAGGACUCGCUCGGGGGAAACUGCAAGACCGUCAUGAUCGCAAACAUUUCCCCGUGCAGCAACGCCUACGAGGACACGCACAGGACCCUGAAAUAUGCAGAAAGGGCCAAGAUGAUCAAGUUGAAGAUCGCGAAGAACGUGGUCGCCAGCGGCUUCUCGCGCCUGCAGUACGACAAGCUGGUGGAGACGAUCCAGAGCGAGAACGCGGCGCUGAAGGCGGAGCUGGCGGCGCUGAAGGAGGAGCUGUCCGCCCUGAGGCUGAAGCUGAAGUCGCUGGAGGAUGAGCGGCAGCAGCAGUCGGGGGCGGGACCCCCCGGGGACGCCGACACGGGCGAGGUCCGCGUCCCGCCCGCGGAGACCGCGACAGUCGGAUCCCCCCCGGGGCCGUCGGGCGACCUCGAGGUCAUCCAAGAGCGCAAGAAGGAGCUGUACCAGAAGCUGUGCGCCGACGAGAGGGCGCUCAAGCGCCUGCAGUGGAAGUGCUACCGGCGGCUCGUCACCACCCGGCGGCUGAACAGCCUCGGCAGCGACCACAAGGAACUGGAGAGGAAGGAGAGCCGCAUGAGGACCUUCGUGCGGGCGGCGCUGCAGCAGGCGCGCCAACUCCGCGACAGCCUGGGGCGGCACGGGCGGGAGCUCGAGGCGCUCCGGGAGCUCGAGGCGGCCGGAGACCCUCUCCCGGCCAGGGCGCAGCUGGAGAUGAAGGUCCACAAUAGUGAACUCCAAAUGGACCACAUGAAGGAACUUCUGAAGAUUGCUUUCGUUCAAAACGAGAGAGAUGAUGCUGUCAUCAGGAUGCUGUGUGGCACUCUGAAGUCAUUCUACUUGCUGCUGAAGGCAUACGGCAAAGUGACGGACACCAUGAAUCAGGAGUACAAAGAGUGUCUGAAGAUGAUAGAAGGGGACAAGGCGGUGACGUUCAGCGCCGUGAAGGACGGCUGUCGCGACAAGGGCAGGGACGAGCUGGCGGGCGUGGCGUCCCUGACGUGGGAGAGCGGGCAGCUGGCGAGCUGUGGCGAGGGGCCGGCCCCGGGGCCCUCCUUCGACCGGUGGCUGGGCCAGGUGACCGGCCUGCUGGAGGAGGUGGAGCUGAACAGCGCCCGGCGGGAGAGCAUCGCCCUGGGCUGCACCCCGGUCAAGCUCAACGCCACGUUCUGCAAGGAGGCCGAGCCCGAGCCCGAGCCGCUGCCGGAGGAUGCCCCCGGCGUCGUCUUCGAGGACACGUUCGUCCUGGCCGUCGCACCGAGCGAAGACCCCGGGAGCGCGCGGCCAGACGAGCAGCUGCCCCUCCGGCUGCGUUCAUCGAUACCCGUCAACACCUUGGGCUUCAGGACUGCCGCCAGCAUUGGCUUGGUCCCUGUAGAGCUUGGGGAGCAGAACAAGGAGAACAGCGAGGCACUGUUCAAGAAGCCGGCCAAGAAGCAGCUCAAGUUCGCCUCCCCGCGGCCGCUCCUGGCGCCGAGAAACGCCGCGCCGGCCCCCACCGGCAUCCGCCUGCCCCUGAAGAUACGCGGCCAGGCGUCCUCCUUGGGACUAAAAGUGCCGACAUCAAAGCCAAAAGCUUCUGUACCGAGAUUUCAUCCCUACAGGAGCACGGGAAGUGAACCAAGAAAAAGGUCAUCAAAAGAAAAUAAAAAGCAGUCUAGUUUUUGACAACCUUGACCACAGUCAAGACAGCUAUGUUGCCUCAAUUUAAUGUUCUCAUGUAUUGUAAUUAAUUUGUUUGAAGGUGUUUUUUUUUAAUGCCAUGCCAAUGAUAAAAAUAUAUUGUACAUGCUAUUAUUGUAGCCCUUAAAAUUAGAAAAAGGAAAUGGCUUGUAACUUCAAUGUUUUAAAAUAGUUGCUUGUUUUUAUAUCAACUUUUUUUUUAACCUUUUACAACUUGUAAUGUAAAUAACUUGUGAAAUGUUUUUAAAUAUUUUUUUUUUCCGUACAAAGUAACAUAUUUUAAUAGAUAAUGUAAAAAUAUUUUAGCCUUAAUUAUGCUGUUUUGUAGUUAUUAAGAAUAUAAGAUUUGUGUUAGAUGAGCUGUAAAGACUGCUUUAAUUGUAAUAAUAAUUAAUUUUAUUAAAAAAAAUUGUAAAUGCUAUGUACAAGUUCAUUUUGACUAGUGUUGGGCUUGAAUUAUUAUUAUUUUUUUUAUGACUCUGAUUUUUAAGGACUAUUAUGAAAAAAACUUUAGUGCAAUAAAUGUUUUGUUCGUUUUUUUGAUGGACACAUGUCUCAAACAAUUAAAAAAUAUUUGCUCAGAAUGACUGCAAAACUGUAAAGUGUUGGAUGUAUCGCAUGGAUGAAUACCAAAUAAAUUUUGUCUUUUUAAACAUGA